AGGAGCAUCAGUGGUUUCCAAAUCUUGUGACCGGCUGCCGUCAACUGCUCUUUACUUUGUGCACCACUGCUCUCCUCCGGAUCCCUGGGUAGUCUGAGCUGCUCAGCCCCUUGCUCUCUAACACACACACACACACACACACACACACACACACACACUCACACACACACUCCUCACUCACUCUCUCUCACACACACACACACACACACACACACACACACACACACUCCUCCAUCAUCCCUGUGAGGCUCCUGCUCCAGUGACUGUAGCUCCGGUCGGUCACCUGCACUCCUGUCACAGCAUGCAGCUCCUGGUGGUGUUGGCAGCUCUCAUGGGGGUCGUGUUCAGCAUUAGGGCAGCCGCUGUGAUUCCGGUGGAGGACAGGAGUCCCGUCCACGUGAACAGGGAGCUGAGCAAAGAGCGCAAGGAGCUGAUCCUGAAGCUGGUGUCCGGCUUGCUGGACGGAUCCCUGGACACCAACAUGCUGCCGGGGGAGGUGGCGCCUCUGGACCUCGAGGAGCCGCUGGAGUCUCGUCUGGAGGAGCGGGCCGUCUACAACAGGCUAUCGCUGCCUCAGCGUGACCGCAAAGCCCCCUGUAAAAACUUCUUCUGGAAAACUUUCACCUCCUGCUAACAGUGCCCUUAUUCCCACCCGGGCUCUUUCCUGCCUGUCCCCCCCUCCCAGCACCACAUGACCUGGAGUUGACCUCAGCUGUACAUAUCAUCUGCACCUGUCAGACAUGCCGCGUUGAUGGACUUCACUGAGACAGUGUGUCUGUUUGAAUAUUGAUUAUUUAUUGAUCUAUUUAUGUAUAAAAAUGUAUGUACGUAACGGUUUCUUUCAGGGUCCACAAUAAAGCAUGGCUAUAAUAUUUGC